GUUUUUCCUCAUCUUUACAAGUAUUUCAUCUCUUCUUCCUCUCCUUCACCUCUAAUCUCAUCGUUGCCUGCCCUGUCCUUUUGGAUACUCAAAGUGCUUCAGUAUAAUAAUAACCACUUGCCGCCCCCUUCAGUUUCAGACAGACAGACCAUCUCCUCACUCUUGGCUCCAACUGUCCCCGCUCAUAUCUUUCCUGUUACUCUUACCCCAGAGCAACUGUAUCUCGUACGCAUACCGCUAUCUCACCCGCUAUCAGUUGAUCCCUGCUGUCCCCUGGAACGGCUUUUCAUUCGCGAAGCAGCUUCAACAAUCUGUCAUUCUUUUUGGUUGCCUCAUUCUCUUGUGGUCUCCAAUUCCCACAAUAUACCCGCUGGCUCCGAUUCCUUCUCGUCCCUUUUUCAUUUCUGCCCUUUCACUGCACUCUGUUGCUGUCGUUAUCGGCUUCCAUCUUCACUGUGGGAGCCCUGACCCAGACAGCCCCAUACCAGCCCAGAUCCACCAACUUUGGGGGUUUGAGUCGCUGGACUCCACUAUCCAUUCAAUCGGAGCGAGUUCUUCUCUUCAGCCCUGAUUUGACUUUGCUCUUCCAUCAUCACAAUCAUCAUGGCUCCGGACUCGUGGUCCGACGCCGAUAGCGUGUCGCAGGCUUCGCAGCAUUCUCAAAUGUCUAAUCAGGAUACUUCUCUUGAUCGGCAGCUGAUCCGCCAUUUGAUGCAACGCUAUGGUCGUGAUGGCAUUGCUCAAUUGAUAAACGAGGAGGCUAAUUCGUCUUCCAUUUCCAUCAACGAUGGAGCAUCUGUAGUUACUUCAAGUACAUUUUCUUCGGUAAAAUCUGAAGAAACCCCAAGCAUCUUCGAUAAAGCUAGCAUACGAACUUUUUCAUCCGACAACUCAUCGACUCGAGGCAGCAUCAUCUCCAACGUAUCCGCCCGCACUGCCAAGCUCCUUGGUCGCAAACAGGCUGCUCGCCCUUCCAUCACCCACGAGGAGGAAACAUCGCCCGCAUCCAAUGAAUCGUCAACACCAGCGCCCAAGCAAAAGGGCUCUUUUACAUGUGGCUUUUGCAGGGAAGAAGGCAUUCAGAAGACAUGUACCCGUAAAAACGACUUGAAGAGGCACAUUGAGGAUUUCCACAAUACCAACGCCCAAUGGUUCUGUCGACAAAAAGGUUGCGACAUGGUUUUUGACUGGCAGACGGCAUACAAAACCCAUUUAAAACAAGCUCACGGUGGUUCGCGCAUGGCUCUUGAUGAAGCCAAGGUCAACCUAUGUCCUCAAACUGUUUUUGCUUGUGGUUUUGAGAACUGCUCUCAAGUUUUUGAAUCUCCCAACGAUGACGAGGCCGAUACGAUUUUUAAGGAAUUUGUGGCCCAUGUUGUCAAGCAUUUCGAUGAAGGCUCCAACAGCGGAGAGUGGACUUAUUCUGCAAGGAUACGAAACCUCCUUCGACAAUCUGGUCUGGUGCGUGCCUGGCAGGGUACUUCGUGGGGUGAAGACGAACGAAGUCAGUUGCAAUGGCACCCUCAAUCCAGUGGCAUUCUCAGGAAACGCCUUGAAACAAGACAUCUCGGUGACCUGCAACUUCUUGUUCAGUAUGCCAUUGCCCUUGGUACGGAACCCUCGUCGAUCAAGGAGUAUCGCGAAGAUUUCAUCAACCCUCUCAAGGAUCAAUGCCGCCAGGUCAUUAUGGGACACAAGUCUCGGGCACCUCCUCUGCCACCCUCAGGCCCGUCUCCAAGUACGGACCAGCACCAAUUCCGCAUCUCUCGUGGAACCACAAAUCCCAAUAUGGCAUACAUGGCUCAGCGCCGCGCCUAUGCCCAUAGACCCGGGCCUCUUCGUUCUGGCCGAUCCGCUCCGGCUCCGCGCCACACUAUGCCUGUUAGUUCGGCAACUCCUGGAGCUAUGCCGCACCAUUUCCAGUACAACAUGGCUUCAGCACCCAUGUAUGAUCCCCGGCAACAGCAGCAAUUUGCAAUGAUGCAGCAAGCUAGUGGAGGCAUUAUUGCCGAGGACUUGCGGAGUUUCCAGUCUAUUGCUGGCAAUGUUCCAGAGCAGGACAUUGACAUGCCGGAUACUGAUAUGAUGGACUCUACAUUCAUGUCAAGUCCAAGCUUCUCAGGUCCAUAUGGACCUCAAGGUAUUACAACCGCUGCUGAUGGAGCAUGUAUUACAUCCACAGACCCUAUGAACCCACACGUACAGUUUGGGUUUGACUCAACAUACACAUAACAAAGCAGACGUGUGAAGCCUACUUCAUAUUGAUCUUGCAAACUGUCCCUAUUUUUCUUCUUUGUCUAUAUAUCUGUCGGUGAAACAGCAGACAGGUGUGUCCCCUAGCACCAAUUUUCUUGUGGUAAUUUAUGGAUGGGAGUACUUUGGAAGUAUUUCAUGGUCAUGUUUGCUAUUGCUCAAAAGCCAGGAUUGUGUUUGAGUGUGUUCAAGGUAUGGGAGUUUGUUUGGUAUGGUUGAUAGGUUACACAUCUAAGUGUAUUGGAUUUGAUACCCCCUGCUUGAGUUAAUAGCAUUAUUUCCCAGGUUACAGCUGUGUAUGUGAUUACUGUGGCCCAUAGGCUCUGUGCCCAUGUGUAUCAUCGUGAUGCUUUGAUACCGUUGUAGUCAGGAUCAUACACGUUCAGUCAAGCAUAGUACGCCAAUGUCGGAUCCGUGAGGUCCCCACUGCACGUUCCUCUGAGUCUAAGGCAGUGAUAUGUUCCUGUGGUAAUCGAGG